AGCUCGAGAGAGUCUCUCGGGAGGCUGGACUAGCCACAAGUUGUGGUGAACCAGGGUAAAAUUCGGUGUGCCUUUUACUCUUCUCUUUACUUCUCUUUUAAUUUUUAAAUUCCUGCGAUUUCUCCGAUCAAACGCUAUUCACCCCCCCUCUAGCGUUGGUCUAUUAUUCUAACAAUUGGUAUCGGAGCCUAACUCGCGUCCAAACUUAACCGUUUGAGAGUAAAGCGAUCAUGGGUUCUUCUUCUAGAAAUCUUUAUGCAAGAAUUGGAGAAGGUCAAUCAACCUCGAGGCCACCGCUCUUUGAUGGCACCAACUACACAUAUUGGAAAGAGCGGAUGAGAAUUUAUAUCCGCUCAACCAACUUUCAGUUGUGGUUGGUCAUCAAGAAUGGCGAGGAAACCCCAAUGAAGAAGGUCGAUGAAAAACUCGUCCCAAAGACCGAGGACGAAUUUGAUGCCGAAGACAUCAAAAAGGUGGAGAACUACGCCAAGGCUAUCAAUAUGUUGUACUGUGCCGUCAAUCCUGAUGAUUAUCGUAACAUUUCUUGCUGCACCACUGCCAAAGAAAUGUGGGACAAGCUAGAGGUCACAUAUGAAGGUACGGACCAAGUUCAGGAAGCCAAAAUUGACUUCCUAACGCAGGAGUACGAGAUGUUUAGGAUGAAGGAAGGAGAAAAGAUCGAUGACAUGUUCGAUCGGUUUUCAAAAAUCAUCAACGACCUUCACGCUCUCAAGAAGACGUACACCAACAGGGAUCUCGUGAGGAAAAUCCUGCGAAGCCUCACACCCGAAUGGAGAUCAAAGGCAGACGCAAUCUAUGAAUCCAUCGGAGUCUCAAAUGUCACCAUCGACGGGC